AUGACUUCAUUUGGUGCAAAUAGGAAAAAAGAGUCAGGUUAUCAAACUACCUUCAAAAUUCAAGGACAAAUUUAUCAUAGAAUAGGGUCCCUUGUUCUUUAUGAUGGCGAUGAAUCUGCUUUUUUACAAAUAUAUUUUAUUGGUGAUGAUCAGAUAGAGUCAGAACAAAAUAUGCCAACAGAUGAAUGCAAAAUAGUUCUCCGAGCUGAUAAAAUCCCUUCAAAUGAACAUGAGCGACGUUUCAAUUUACCUGUUGUUCAAGAAGUAGCUGCAAUAAUCAAUGGAAAUGAAUUUAUAAAACGUGAUAUUAUAUUACAAAAACAAUGGCAAAAAAGAGGUUUACCCCAUGUUCAUAUUUUAGUAUGGUUGAAAAAUAAAAUUCAUGCAAACCAAAUUAAUGAUAUUAUUUCUGCUGAGCUACCAGAUCCAGAACAAGAUCCACUUUUACACGAAAUAAUUAAAAAAAAUAUGAUACAUGGACCAUGUAGACCAUUGAAUCCUUUUUCACCAUGUAUGAAAAACGGUAAAUGUUCAUAUAAUUAUCCCCGUGCUUUAAUUGAUGCUACAAGAUCGGAUAGAAAUGGAUAUCCUUUGUAUAGAAGAAGAAGUGUAGUAAAUGGUGGUUUUCAGACUACUAUUAAUGCUAAAAUUCAUGAUAAAUAUGAAAAAAUAAAUAUCGAUAAUCGUUGGAUUGUCCUUUACUGUCCACUUAUUUCUAAAAUAAUGGAAGCACAUGUUAAUGUCGAAUUAUGCAGCUCGGUCGUUGCGGUUCAAUAUAUAUUAAAAUAUAUACAUAAAGGUAGUGAUCAAGCAAUUUUUACCAUAGAAAAUAAAAACGAUGAAAUUGAAAAAUAUCAAUCUGGACGGUAUAUAAGUAGUAAUGAAGCAAUAUGGUGA